CGUCAUCAUGCCUGAGCCAGCAAAGCCCGCGCCCAAGAAGGGCUCAAAGAAAGCCGUCACCAAGAGCGCCGCCAAGAGUGGAAAGAAGCGCAGGAGGUCCAGGAAGGAGAGCUACGCCAUCUACGUGUACAAAGUCCUGAAGCAGGUUCAUCCCGACACCGGCAUUUCUUCAAAGGCGAUGGGCAUCAUGAACUCUUUCGUCAACGACAUCUUUGAGCGCAUCGCCGGUGAGUCUUCUCGUCUCGCUCACUACAACAAGCGCUCCACCAUCACCUCGAGAGAGAUCCAGACCGCCGUGCGU